UGCGAAAACCUAAAAUAACUACGUUUUACCUGUUAAACAAGUUAAGACAUGGAUGAAUGCAUUAGUCAAAAGAACUACAAACUGUACCUGGUAAAAAAAUCUGACAGCGUAACCUUCAGAGGAUCUGACACCUGAAUCUUCACGUCUAGAUUACGAUUGGGAGAGGAAGAGUUCACGCUUUUUUUUUAUUUUUACUACUCGGAGCCAGAACAAAAUAAACAAGAUGGCGAACUGGAUAUAACAUUUUCUGCUCUUGUGUCAAUGAUGAGACUCUUUGUGGUCCUCUUAUGGAAAAUGAAAGUGCCCUUCUCUUGGGGCCCCUAAUGCCCCCACUCCGCAGUAUUGAUGACCAGUGUGACAGCACCAAUACCCGAAGCAGUAAUGGUCGUGGGGGAGCUGUUUUGCAGCCCUCAAGUGCCCCCACAUCUCCACAGCACAGACAUAGUGGAUUAACUUCACCACCUCCUCUCUCACCUUUGCCUCUUGGAGCAUCGGUUGCAUCUACAUCAUCGGAUCCCAACUUUCAUGCAACAAGUUUAAGGGAAAGAAAUGCUGUAAUGCUUAACAAUGAGCUCAUGGCAGAUGUCCAUUUUGUUGUUGGCCAACCAGGCAGUACUCAGAAGAUACCAGCUCAUAAAUAUGUCUUAGCAGUUGGCAGUAGUGUGUUUUAUGCUAUGUUUUAUGGUGGGUUAAAAUCAGAAGAGGAAGUUCAGGUUCCUGAUGUGGAACCAUCAGCUUUUCUCACUCUAUUAAGGUACCUGUAUUGUGAUGAGAUACGCUUGGAACCAGAUACUGUGCUGGCCACACUUUAUGCUGCCAAAAAGUACCUUGUCCCUCACUUAGCACAACAGUGUGUUAAAUUUCUGGAAGUCUCUCUUACUGCCCGCAAUGCUUGUUUGUUGCUUUCUCAGUCUCGCCUCUUUGAAGAGCCAGAACUAAUGACACGAUGCUGGGAGGUUAUUGAUGCCCAGGCUGAAAUGGCUCUACAGUCAGAUGGUUUUGUGGAUAUUGACUUUCCAACCCUCACAAGUGUUCUCUCAAGAGAAACAUUGAAUUGUCGUGAGAUUGUGUUGUUUGAUGCAGCUCUGUCAUGGGCAGAAGCAGAGUGCGUACGACAAGAAAUUGAACAAUCCCCAGAAAAUAAAAGAAAGGUUUUGGGAUCUGCUCUAAACCUUAUACGUAUACCGUGUAUGGAACUGGGAGAGUUUGCAAAUGGUGCUGCCCAGUCUGGGAUUCUUACCCUGCAGGAAACAACUGAUCUUUUUCUCCAUUUCACUGCCAGAAACAAGCCUUCUGUUACCUAUCCAGUCAAACCCAGACAAGGAUUAAAAAAGCAGAUAUGUCACAGAUUUCAAUCUUCAGCUUACAGAAGUAAUCAGUGGCGAUAUAGAGGACGAGUGGACUCCAUAAAUUUCAUGGUGGAUAAGCGGAUAUUUGUUGUAGGAUAUGGUCUUUAUGGCUCAUCCAGUGGUGCUGCUGAUUACAAUGUCAGAAUAGAGCUGAAGAAAUAUGGUGAGGUAUUGGCCGAGAGUACUACAAAGUUUUUCUCAGAUGGAUCGUCAAACACUUUCCAUGUUUAUUUCACUCAUCCAGUGCAAGUAGAAAGAGAUGUUUAUUAUACUGCCUCUGCCAUUUUGGAUGGAGCAGAACUUUCUUAUUUUGGCCAGGAAGGAAUGAGUGAGGUUACAGUGGGUGCUGUUACUUUCAUGUUCCAUUGUUCGUCAGAAAGUACAAAUGGCACAGGUGUUCAAGGAGGUCAAAUUCCUGAACUCAUUUUCUAUGGUCCCACUCUUGAAGUCUCUGAAAAGUAAACUUAAAUUCUUUGUCUUCUUCCUGUAGGAGAUUUUAUACAGUUGUAGCAUAAAGCAAUGGUUAUACCAUUGAAUGUAAUAUAGACUAUUUAAGACACCAGUAUAUGGUGAUAUUUUCUUCCUCUAUUAAAUUGCACAUAACCUUUAUUAUGCAGACAACUCAGGAUUGUCCUCUUUUGAUUUUUGCCACCAUUUUUAAAAGUACUUCAGAGCACAAAGAAGGACCUUGAUUUUUACAAUUGUUUUAAUGACCAAAAUGACAAAGACAUUGGAGUCCAAAAUAAAGUGUUAUGUUGGCAACAAAUUUUGUCAAAUUCACCUUUCCAAAGGUGAGCUGAUUUGAUAUGCCAAAGUGAUUUUAUAAUUGCCUGUUUUUCCAUUACAUAUUACAGUUUCUGUUAGUGAAGUUGUUUUUGUUUUAUAUAUAAACUGGAAGCUUUUUCUUACUACAUAAGAAAAUUAUUAUGGUAUUUGUAAGGCUAUUGAAUUAAGUAGUAAUGAUUGUAACAUUUUAUUUGAAAUGUGACCAAAUAUUGUUAAAAUAAUUUUCCAGUUUUGUAUAAAUGCAGAUAGGACAGAACUUGAGACACCAUUUGUAAGGAAAAUGAUCACUAUUGUUUUGGAAAAAUUACAUUGGUAGAAAUUUCAAGUUCUUUCGUAGAUAAAUUCAUAACAUUGUAUAUAAAUAGCUUUAGAGUUGGGGUAAGAAAGUUUAGUACAAAUGGGGAAAAUUCAAAAGUGCUAAACAGCUGCUGUCUGUCUGCCAUAGGAUGUGUAGUAGGAAAAAUUUUUGUUAAUAUACAUUUCCAUGACCUUUGGUAUUGAAUACAAGAAGUUGCUCUUGGUGAACACAUUUGUUUAUCAAGGCAUUUCAUAGAUGGAAUUCCUGGUGUGCUGACCUUUGUAUUGGCACACAUUUAUAUAUGUUAUCACUUUGUUAAUUAGACUUAAUGUAC